UCUAUCCACCGCCACCACUACCAGCCAAUUUCCUUCAUCACUUUGCUCAGACCCAUCCAGUAGCUUUUGCAACGGCUUAUGAAAAAUUCUUUAAACGCCAUCAACAAGAAGCCGCUGCAGCUGUACUAGCAACCAGCAAGACAGGAGAUCGCUAA